AUGACCAUCCUCGUCGGAAGGCCCCUCAACUGGGCCAUCACGGCCACCGCCGGCUCCGGCUUCCUCCUCUUCGGCUACGACCAGGGCGUCAUGUCCGGCCUGCUCACCGGCUACGCCUUCACCCGCACGUUCCCCGAGAUCGACACCACCAACGGCGGCGGCGGCAGCUCCUCGCUGCAGGGCACCGUCGUCGCCAUCUACGAGAUCGGCUGCUUCUUCGGCGCCAUCUUCUGCCUGCUCGUCGGCGAGCGCCUCGGCCGCCGCCGCUGCAUCAUGAUCGGCUGCGUCGUCCUCAGCAUCGGCGCCGCCCUGCAGGCCGCCGCCUUUGGUAUCCCGCAGAUGAUCGUGGGCCGCAUUGUCGCUGGUCUCGGGAACGGAAUGAACACGAGCACCAUCCCCGUGUGGCAUUCGGAGCUGAUGAAGGCGGACAACCGAGGCCGCGGUCUCGCCAUCGAACUGGCCAUCAACAUCUUUGGCGUUGCCCUGAACGGCAUGAGCUUCAUCGCCAACGACGCCCAGUUCCGCUUCCCGCUCGCCCUGCAGAUCCUCUUCGCCGUCGUCACGUUCCUCGGCGUCCUCGUCCUCCCCGAGUCGCCCCGGUGGCUCAUCGCCCACGACCGCCACGACGAGGCCCGCCACGUCCUCUGGGCCGUCGAGCGCGACGCCCGCUCCAUCAGCGAGACCGAGCCCAAGCUGGAGCGCAACCUGGCCGAGAUCCAGGCCGCCAUCCGCGAGGAGCGCGAGGCCGCCAACGCCGGCAGCUUCCGCAUGAUGUUCAAGAACGGCGACCAAAAGUUCUUUUACCGCACCAUGCUGGGUAUCGGAGGCCAGUUCAUGCAGCAGCUGAGCGGCAUCAACUUGAUCACCUACUACGCCCCCGUCAUCUUUCAAGAGUCCGUCGGCAUGACGCACAGCCUCUCCCUGCUCCUCGCCGGCUUCAACGGCAUCGCCUACUUCUUCUCCUCCCUCAUCCCCAUCUGGAUCAUCGACCGCCUCGGCCGCCGCAAGCUCAUGCUCUUCGCCGCCGCCGGCCAGUGCGCCUGCAUGGCCGUCCUCGCCGGCACCGUCUCCAACGGCAGCGUGCCCGCCGGCAUCGUCGCCAUCGUCAUGCUCUUCCUCUUCAACUUCUUCUUCGCCGUCGGCCUGCUCGCCAUCCCCUGGCUGCUGCCGGCCGAGUACGCGCCCCUGGCCAUCCGCACCCGCGCCGCCGCCCUCGCCACGGCCUCCAACUGGAUCUUCACCUUCCUCGUCGUCGAGAUCACCCCCGUCAGCAUCAGGAACAUUGGCUGGCGCACCUACGUCUACUUCUGCGUCUUUAACGCCUUCUUCGUGCCCCUCAUCUACUUCUUCUACCCGGAGACCCGGAACCUUAGCCUCGAGCAGAUCGACCGCCUCUUCACGGGCGGCAAGGUGCAGCUGUAUUGGAAGGCGAGCAUGGGCACCCCGGGCGAGGGGGGGACGGGUAUCGUUGACGAGAAGGACUCGGAGUCGGGCUCGGGAAAAGUCCUCCGUGUUGAGAACAAGGAAGACUCCCCCAACUGA